AUGCUAUGUUAUGGAAAGGGGCAUAUUGCUUCUAAAUGUCCCAAUAAGAGAGCCAUCAUUAUCAAAGACAAUGGUGAGUAUGACAAUGAACAUUCUAGCGAUAAAAGUGAUGAUGACAUGCCCUCUUUGGUGACUGACUCUGAAUUUGAGAUUGAUGAAGCGGAACAUGUUACUGGAGAAGCAUUAGCGGCUAGAAGAGGCCUAAAUAUUCAUGUAAAGGAAGAUGAUGAGAAAGAGCAGCAUGAGAUACCUGAUGGGCUUCCUCCCUUAAGAAGAAUUGAGCAUAGGAGUGAUUUUAUUCUGGAGCUUCUCUUCCUAAUAGACCUACUUAUAGAGCCAAUCCUGAGGAAACUAAAGAAAUUCAACGCCAAUGCUCAAGGGAUCUGUGUGGAUGAGGAAAAGGCGAAAGCUAUAAGAGAUUGGCCAACCCCAAAGAAUGGCAAUGAAGUCAAGAGCUUCCAUGGAUUAGCAAGUUUCUAUAGGAGGUUGCAUGGAUUGCCCAAAACCAUUGUGAGUGACAGGGAUGUGAAGUUCCUUAGCCAUUUUUGGAGGACUUUAUGGAGUAAGCUAGGAACUAAGUUGUUGUUUUCUACUGUGGCACAUCCCCAAACUGACGUAGUCAACAAAACACUUACUACCUUGUUGUGUGCGAUAAUCCAAAAGAACUUGAAGAAUUGGGUCAAUUGUCUGCCUCAUAUUGAGUUUGCAUAUAACAGAGCUAUUCAUUCUUCUACUUCCUUCUCUCCAUUUGAGGUUGUUUAUGGCUUUAAUCCUUUGCCUCCUUUAGAUAUAUUGCCAUUGCCUUCUAAUGAGCAAGCAAAUCUUGACGGCAAGAAAAAGGCUGAGUUUGUACAGGGAUUACAUGCUAAGGUGAGAGCCAACGUAGAGAGAAAGAAUGAGCAAUAUGCUAGGCAAGCUAACAAAGGUCAUCGAAGGAUUGUCUUUGAGCCUGGAGAUUGGGUUUGGGUACACCUUCAAAAGGAGAAAUUUCCUGAACAAUGCAAAUCUAAGUUACAUCUAAGAGGAGAUGGCCCUUUCCAAGUCUUAGAGCGGAUCAAUGACAACGCUUAUAAAAUAGAUUUUCCUAGUUCCUAUGGUAAUGUUAGUGCUACUUUUAAUGUUGCUAAUUCAUCUCUCUUUGAUAUUGCAGAUUUGAGGACGAAUCCUUUCGAGCACGGAGGGAAUGAUGGAGGAGCAUGGAGCGAUCAAGGGCACGGGUAA